AUGUUUAUCAAAAACAAGCAACCAGAAACUCCAUCAAUAUUAUUGGCCAAAUAUCUGUCCCCACUGUGUCUGGUUGUGGGAGCUCUGCUGUUUGUAUUCUACAGUCCAGCUGCAAGAAUGAAGAUAAAAACUCUGUCCCACACUCCAUCCCCGGCUCCUUUCUUUCAGCCUCUGUAUCAGCAACAUAAAGGUGAUCUCCAGGAAUGGCUUUCACCGAAAGGUAAAAAUGUACUAACGCACAAAGCCGAUGAGGGCAUGAUAAGUGAUAGAGUGGCUGUUGUGCCAAAACCCAAAACGAAGGACCCAGAAGAGACCCAGACCUUCCUAAACCCUCCAGUGAUUCAGCUGGCAUUCCCUCAGUGCCAGACCUCCUAUGUUGGCCUGCCUGGGAUGGAUAUGGCUCCUGCUCCUAUAGUUAUGGUCUGUCCAACUAACACCUCUUAUACUCAGCUCCCCUGCUCCAUCUGGGAGAGGAGCAGGGAGGCAGAGAUUGCCUCCUCUCCACCUGAAGAUGUCCUGGAGAUCAGCUGUGUUGACUCUGGCUGCAGCUUUGAGGAUGUGACACAAAGCCCAGAGUGCAGUUUACCAAGCAGUCCUGUUGUUGACACUCUAGCACCAUGUUACUGUAGUGAUUACUGCAUUCUUAACAAAACAGCUGAAGGUGUUGUUCCUGUUUUAUUGUCUAAAGAGAGCAAUGGAAAAGUUUCAUCUGAUUCCCAGCAUAAGCGCGAGAGUUAA